GGGCCUGUUUUGCUCUCGUCUCCUCAAUGGGGGAUUCCUCUGUCUUUCACUCCUUUCAGACAGCCAACGCCGGGCCUGUGCCUGGAGCGGAGCAGACAGACUUUGUGUGCCGUGGAGCAGAAAGAAUAGGCUGCGACAUUCCUGUAGCUUAGAGACCGUUAGUCCCUUUCAAAGUCCCAGCUCCAUUUGAAUGUAACUCAGCCUCUAGCUCUGCUUUGCCCUCAUGGAGAGCGGCGGGUGGGAAGAGCUGGAUUAUUUUUACCCAUCGGCAGUUGAGUUUGCACAGCAGAGUUCUCACGCUGUCCGGACAACGGGGAAUUAGGACAUUUCGGCAGACAAGUGGAAAGUUCCUUAUUGGCGAAGGAGAGGAAAGGAAUUUCUUCGGCUCUUCUCUAAAUCCUGGUGGCCAGAGGAGCAGACGAAACAACAGGUGAGAGGGCCAUGGUGGCCCUCAUGAAGUUGAAAUGUUAAAAUUCUCUGCCAUGCCAGUGGUACUGCUCUACUACUUGAUUCUCUGGGGCCGGAUAGCUGACGUUCAGGGCACAGAAGAGCCUGACUUAUACCAUGGUUGUUUGGAAGGUAGUUGUUACCCGGCCACAGGAAACCUGCUCAUUGGGAGGACCCAAAGCCUGAGCACGACAUCAACAUGUGGCCUGGAAGAGCCUCAAGAGUACUGCAUUGUCAGCCAUCUUCAGGACUCUGAGAAAUGCUUCAUUUGUGACUCACGCUCAUCCUCCUUCCGUGAGAGCCACCACAUUGAGAAUGUCAUCUACCUUACUGGCCAGAAUGGUGAACAGACCUGGUGGCAGUCUGAGAAUGGUGUAGAGCAGGUCAGCAUUCGAUUGGACCUGGAAGCUGAAUUCCACUUUACUCACCUCAUAAUGAAAUUUAAGACUUUCCGUCCUGCAGCCAUGCUCAUUGAGCGCUCAUCAGAUUUUGGACAAAGCUGGAAAGUUUACCGCUACUUUGCCUUCAAUUGCUCCAAGCUCUUCCCAGCAGUUCCCACUCAGAUCCCAACACAUGUCAAUCAAGCAAUGUGCGACGAGCGAUAUUCCGAGAUUGAGCCCUCCAGCUAUGGUGAAGUCAUUUUCAAGGUACUAGACCCUGCUGUGAAAGUAGAAAACCCCUACAGCCAGGAAAUCCAAGAUUUGUUACGUGUCACCAACUUGCGGGUGAACUUCACAAAGCUGCAUACGCUGGGAGACAAUUUGUUAGACUCACGAUAUCAAGUAUUGCAGAAAUACUACUAUGCGGUAUAUGAGAUGGUGCUCCGAGGAAGCUGCUUCUGUUAUGGACAUGCCUCCGAGUGUGCCCCCUUCACAGGAUCAGCUAACCCGGUUGAAGGCAUGAUCCAUGGACGAUGUGUCUGUAAGCACCACACGAAGGGUCUCAACUGUGAGCUCUGCAAGGAUUUCUAUCAGGACUUGCCUUGGAGUCCAGCCGAGGUCCACGAUCCACACGCUUGCAAAGAGUGCAACUGCAAUGAACAUUCUCACCGGUGCCACUUCGACAUAGCCGUGUACCUGGCUACAGGUAACUCCAGUGGUGGGGUCUGUGAUGAGUGCCAGCACAACACCAUGGGCCGCCACUGCCAGAACUGCAAGCCGUUCUUCUACCGCAACCCACUGGCUGACAUCAGGGCCAAAACAGCAUGCAUUCCCUGUGACUGUGACCCAGCAGGCACUUUGGAUGGAGGUGUGUGUGACAGUCACACAGACACAACGCUGGGCAUGAUUGCGGGACAGUGUCGCUGCAAAGAGGACGUCAGAGGUGUGCGUUGUGACAGCUGCAAAGAAGGCUUUUACGGCCUGAGCCUCAGUCAUCCUCUCGGCUGCCAACCCUGCAGGUGUGACCCUCGUGGGAUUACCACAGAUAGCAGCCCCUGCGAUCAGAUCAGCGGUGAUUGCUAUUGCAAGCGUUUUGUAACUGGGCAAUACUGUGACCAGUGUUUGCCUGAAUACUGGGGUUUGAGCUAUGAUGUGGCAGGCUGCCGAAGCUGUGCUUGUGAUUUUGGAGGCGCCUACGACAAUAGAUGCUCUACGAAUGAUGGCCAGUGUCCCUGUCGGCCCCACCUUAUAGGCCGUCAGUGCAAUGAUGUGCAGCCAGGGUUUUUCUGUAUGCCCUUGGACUACUACAUGUAUGAAGCCGAACGUGCCACCGGUCUUCCUCCAACCCAUCAAGACCUCCCAGGUACCUUGCGGCCCGAAUCGCCUGUGGAUUGUGUGGAAUAUUACAACGGAGUCCAGAAUGGGCGCAGAGUGAGGCUGAGGCGCCAGCACAGCACAAUAAGACUCUUGCAGCAGCGAGGGGCGCUCUCCCGAGCCCGGCAGCUUCAACAAAAGCCUGAUGUGGAAGUUGUAGAGCGUGAGCACACAGGCCAUAUGAUCACAUGGACAGGCCCAGGCUUCGCCCGUGUGCGUGAUGGGGCUGGACUAUCCUUCCACAUUGACAACAUUCCUUACCCAAUGGAAUAUGACAUCUUGUUCCGCUAUGAGCCUGAGUCCACAGAAGAUUGGGAAGUUGUUGUCAGUGUCAGCUCACAGGCCCUACCAGUGAGUCCACGUUGUGGCAAUGUGCUGCCCUCUGAGCAGGUGUAUCAAGGGAGCUUGCCCCACACCUCCAGAUACUUGCUCCUGCCACGGCCCUUCUGCUUUGAGCCCAAAAAUCAUUACAAGAUUGUUGUGCGGUUCCAACGAGCAGGCGUGGCACAGCGCCAUCCUGCGGCCUUCAUCCUUGUGGACUCGCUGGUUCUUUUACCUCACGUGACAGAACUACCUGGUUUCCAUGGUAACGAUCCAGCUUCUGUCGAGCGCCGGGAGGCCCUGGAACAUUACACAUGCCUGGAAUUAUUUCGCAUGGCCACCAUGCCUGACCUUCCUGAGACUUGUGCCCACCUGCUCUGCAGCAUUUCUGCCCUGAUCCACGACGAGGCUCUGCCCUGCCAAUGUGACCUCCAGGGUUCCACCAGCAGUGUCUGCCACAAACUGGGAGGACAGUGCCAAUGUAAGCCCAAUGUUAUGGGUCGGCAGUGUGACCGGUGUGUCCCAGGCACUUACGGAUUUGGACCUUAUGGCUGCAGCUCCUGUGCUUGUUCUGCUGAGGGCUCGAUCUCCAAAAUCUGUGACCCAAUAAGUGGGCAAUGCCGAUGCCAGCAGGGUAUUGUGGGACGCCAAUGUGAUCAGUGUCCACCAGACCAGUGGGGCUUCCCUCACUGCCGUCCUUGUCACUGUAAUGGGCACGCAGAGAAAUGUGAUUCACACACCGGAGCCUGUCAACAAUGCCGAGAUUAUACAGCAGGCCGCCAUUGUGAAAGGUGCCUCGAUGGAUACUAUGGAGACCCAGUCCUGGGAUCAGGGCAACAGUGUCGGCCGUGUCCUUGUCCUGGAUAUCCAGGAUCUCGGCACUAUCACGGCAUUUCGUGCCAGGCUGACAGAGAAACAAACCAGAUAGUUUGCUUAUGUGCUCCUGGCUAUACAGGGCCACGAUGUGAUUGCUGUUCCCCCGGCUAUUUCGGAAACCCUGGGCAGGAAGGUGGUGCCUGCCGCCCUUGUCAGUGCAACAAUAACAUUGAUCCCAGUGACCCCGAGGCCUGUGACCCACAUACUGGCCAGUGUCUACAUUGCCUUUACAACACUGAUGGACCCCACUGUGCCGAAUGUCAGCCUGGCUACUAUGGCAAUGCCUUUCAACGGAGCUGCCGACGUUGCACUUGUAAUGAACUGGGCACUUUGCCCACCCACUGCUCUGAAGGCAUUUGCCGUUGCAAUCAAACUACAGGCCAUUGCCCCUGCCGUGCCAACGUGGUGGAAAAGAACUGCGACAGAUGUGCCCAGAACUUCUGGGGUUUUGGCAGCAACUUGGGCUGCCAGCCAUGUAACUGUGAUCCAACCCAUUCGUUACGUUCAGACUGCAAUAUGUUUACAGGGCAAUGCCAUUGCCAGCCAGGUUUUGGAGGUCGUGUUUGUUCUCAUUGCCAAGAAAAUCAUUGGGGCGACCCAGAAGAGCAGUGCUUAGCUUGUCAAUGUGACCCGAUCGGUUCAGAGAGCCCGCAGUGUGACCGCCUCACUGGACAUUGUUUAUGCCGUGGUGGCUUUAUGGGGAGAAACUGUAACCAGUGCCAACGUGGCUUCCAGAAGAACUUCCCCCACUGUUCUCCCUGCCAUAUGUGCUUCGGCCAGUGGGACCUGGUGCUGAAUCAGCUCAACAAACAGCUGCAAAGGCUUCAGGAUAGAGUACGGGCCCUGAAGGAAGGUGGCCCCAUACCCGAAGCCAGCAACAGCCGCCUGCGCAGCCUGGAGAGCAGCUUGGCUUGGGUGGAACAGCUUCUGAUGGAUGGAAAGAGUCUGAGUGGUUCGAUGCUGCAGCAGCUCAACAACCUCUUAACAGAUGCGAGGGCCGACAUGGAUAAGCUAUGGGACUACCUGCAAGAUACAGAUUCAUGCCUGGAUCGCACUGAAAGGAAAGUGACAGAGCAGAGGGGCCACCUCAACGUACUGAACGAAGAAGUAGACGAACUGAACCAGACAGUCAACUUCCUUAGAAGUCAGCUGGGAAAGAUAGUAAAUGCCAGCUUCAGUGAGUCUUUCCGUAGCAUCGUGGAGUACUUCCAGCAGUCAGAACGGGCCCUGAGGCAGGCCAACGCCUCCGUUCGAGGACGUCAAAGUCCCGCAGUCCAAGCCAAACAUACCCGGCUGGUCACAGUUGAGCUGUUGAGACAAAGAGGAGAUGCUUUUCGCAAGAGGGCAGCUACUCGCCAAAGGACUCUGACUAACAUCCAACGAAAAGUCGAUGCCCUCCACCUGAACAGGAUCAACCAGAAAAUCUGCGGAGGUUCUGGAGAAGAGGUCUGUGAAAAAGCUCCUUGUGGAGGAGCUUCCUGUAAGGACAGUUCCGGUCAAAGGCACUGUGGAGGUCCUGGUUGUACUGGAGCUCUUCCUGUGUCCAUCAAGGCCCUCCAGUCUGCCCAGAACCUUUCACAGCAGCUGGAGACCACAGCAGGUCAGCUGAUCACCAUUGUUAACAAGGUGCAAGAGGUCCAGAACCUGGCACAGGAUGCCAGGAACCAUGCUCAGGACACCUUGGACCACGCUCAAGGAGCUCGGAACCAGGUGGAGAAAUCCACAGCCAAGCUGAGGGAAUUCAUCCAGAAGAUAAAAGACUUCCUAGCAGAGGAAGGUGCCGAUCCAGAGAGCAUUGAGCUGGUGGCUCAACAGGUCCUGAACAUCCCCCAGCCCAUCAGUCAAAGUCAGAUCGACAGUCUGAUUAAGGAAAUCUGGGACAGAAUCAGCCAGCUUAACAGAGUGGAUGUUAUCCUGAACUGCACAGUGCAAAACCUGACCCUUGCUAGGGAUUUGCUGACCAAAGCAGAACAGGCCAGGAAAAAAGCAGAAGGUGUACAGGGAACUGUGGCAGAAACAUCUGGAGCACUAGACAAUGCCAAGGACAAAGUGAAGGCAGCCGAGCGAGCCCUGAAAAAAACAAAGGAAGCCAUCCAGAGCGUGGAAGGCAAAGUCAAACAGGUGAAGCCAGCCAAUUUGUAUUUCUUGGAAGGAAGGGAGUUGUGGGUAAUAGUCAAGAUCCUGGAUAGCUUUUAAGGUAUCCUGUGCUUUCAGUGGGCAGCUGCCAAGUAUUUUCCGUACCUGGCCUUUCAUCCUGCCCUUCCAUGACUCUGCAGGUAAGACUCAAACUCAGCUUCUGCUUUUGGGCCACUUGCAUGCCAUUUUCCUGUCAACAAAGUAAUUGCUGCCUUCUCCUGGGAAUCAUAUUUGUAUUCCCAGAUUGAUUUAUAGCUGCGGUAUUUUCUUGACAUCCCCCAUCCAGGUAUUAACCAGAUCCAAGCCACUUUUGGACUCUCGUUCAGUGGUGAUGAGUGCAACUCUUAAGGCAGGGGUCCCCAACUCCUGGUCCUUGGACUGGUACUGGGCCACGGCAUGGCAGCAACCGGUCCGCACAAACAAGCAAAGGCCCAUCUGUGGGAUGCAGGCAACACACAAAAUCAUGCACUCUCCGGUCUAUGGAAAAACCUUUCUGCAUGGAACCGGUCUCUGGUGCCCAAAAGGUUGGGAACCUCUGUCUUAAGAGACCCGAAAGACAAGUAUAGUAUGUCCUGGAAAAACUCUAUCUAAGUGGUCUCUGGGAGUUGAAAACAACUUGAUGGCACAUCCUCCUUUGCUUUUCAGCAUCACCCAAGACUGGCAUUUAAGAAAACGUUCUUUAAUGCCUCCAAUAAGAAAUUGCUCUUUAAUUUCAUUCUAAAGCGGAAAAUGUAAUAGAUAUUUCCAGAGAGCAAAAACUCUUUAAUUAAGCCAGUGGAUUAUGAUUCUAUGAAGGUUUAGUUAACAUUUACCUACCUAAUAGCAGUGUUCCUCAACCUUGGCCACUUUAAGAUGUGUGGACUUCAACUCCCAGAAUUCCCCAGACAGCACACAUAUUAACUUAUCAGGGUUGAGAAACACUGCCUAAUAGUACCAAGCUCAUUGAAGGGGAUUGUGUUGUGCUUCCCUCUCUUAAGUGUCCAUUGUUGUUUAUAAGAUCAUUUCACCAUAUAUCACCACCAUGCACCUUUUAAGAGGCCUCUGGUUAAUGCAUUAAGUAUAGCUUAUCUCAUACCCACAGUAUCCCUGCUUUAUCUGGCUUUUAAAGCAUCUUCAUGUCAGAAGAUGCCGCCUACAUACGGAAUGUCAACCAAUCUAGUCUUGACUCGAAUAUAAUAUACCCACGUCUCCAAUGUUAUGGAAUUACCAUUAAUACAUUAUAGAGGUACAUAUAAUGCAACGUUCAUAAUGCUAAAAUAUCACAUAUACACAUAUAAAUAUAAAUUUAGACCUUUAUGGUGCCGCAAGACAGUUACGUCUGCUACCAAAUGUUGUCAUUGCUACUAGAAAAUGGUCCAGUAAUCAAGACUAUCUGUCAGUACCAUAUGUCAUACACUGAACUUGCCAGUUUAUUUUAUGAAAUUGUUAAAACAAGCAAAAUAGCAUAGUACUAAAACGUCAGACUGAAGGGUUAUUUAUGAAAUGGAAAUGAAGGGUUACUUUUCUGAUUAUGGAAGAUUUAAAAAAGUCUUUUGACACAUUAUUCUUAAACAUCAGAAGGCAGAUUUAUUAGAAAUAUAGAUACAGGUAAUUCUUGACUAAUGACCGUUCAAAGUUACGACAGGCCCACUUGGGGCUACUUAGGACCAGAUUUGAUGGUCACCUUUACUAUUGUCACGUGAUCAAAUUUCACUUGGGCAACAUGGUCGCUUGUACAGUCAUUUGCAGCCUCCCACAGUCAUGUGACUGCAUUUUAUGAUGGGUUUGCUGAAAAUUGGCACUCAGUUCUGUUUGGCAAAGCUGCGACCUCUGCAAAAAAGAUCAUAAAAUUGUUUUAUGACCAACAUGACUUAUGACUGUAAUUCUGAGGCUCAGUUACAAUCAUAAGUCAAGGAUUGCCUAUACAUCCUUUGCAACUAUCAUUUUAUUGCCCUAUAUAUUAUACAAUAUCUUUCUCUAAUUUAUUGCAUUCAUCAUUUUCUCCUAUGCAUUUUUUUCUUAUCUUAUCAUCCCUCCAGCAAGCAUUCUUUUUCAUAUUUCAUAUUAAUGUAAUUCCACAAACUCUCUGUACUCUGCAGCUUAAUUCUUAUCUUUCUGUUCCAUAUAACUUCCAAAUCCCCUUUCUUUAUACUCAUUUUCUAUUAAUCCUGGCUCCUCCUGUAUUAGGAGAUUAAUCUGUCUUCUAAUGCUGUUUCAUGCGAGGCUCAUGCUUUCUCUUGUAGUUAGUAUACGUUUCAUUUCUUUCACUCCCUUCCUUUCUUCCAGGUUGAUUUUUCUCUAAUCCACUCGUGAGGUCUCAUAUUCAGACCUUCUUACUCUACUUGGAUCGUCAGUCAUUCUUUCAAGGCUUUCAUCAUAGACCAUCAAAUCAAUCAGCUUUUUUAUGCUUGCGCAUGAAUGGAUUUAUGGUUAAAAUAUUCUGCAUAUUCUAAAGAAACAUAUAAUUAUUUCUGAACAGAAGUUGCCAAACUAUGAUCGUUCUUAUUCAUUCGAACAACCCAAUCAC